UAACACUAACAGGUUGUAACACUCAUGCCAUAUCUCUAUGCAGCAUAAUAUGAGGAAAUGCUGCGCCGGGUGCACGUAGGCAAGAACAAGGAAUGUACAUAUAAUUCUUUGAUUUUCCGUGUAUCUUUGAGUGGAAUUUGAUAAUGAAUUUGAUUUGAUAUUGAACUUUGAUAUUCUAUAGAGGUUGUUAAUCUUCUACUAUCGAUGACUGUCACAUAAAGUGUCAGUUUGACGCACGCUCUGAGAGCGAGUUCUCAAGACGUCGGUGAGAUCGUGGUCACGCCAUAAACCUAAGAGAUAGAUAGAUAGAGAUCGUGGUCAGAUCGAAGUGAACAAUGCUCGUGCAGUUGUUGUUGGCGGCUCAGGUGUUGGUGCCGGCGUACUCCGCGAACACCAGUCGUUACGCAUUCUACCGCGACAUCGGGGUAGGGGUAGAGGGGUCGCGGCGUGUGUUCGGAGGUGCAGUCGCGGGGGUCGGGGAGGGUGGCACUGCGUGUGCUUUACUAGACAGGUUCUGGGUGGCGCGAUGCUCCGGGGCCGUGCUGGCGCUACGCUGGGUGCUCACUGCCGCUCACUGCGUCUCGCCGCGCCUCUCUUACGUCAAGUACAACACGCGAAGACACCCGACCACCGACGGAGAUGUCGCGCCCGUUCACUAUCUGUACAUGCAUCCAGGUUACAAGGUGGUGCAGGAGGACGAGGGUCACGGCGUGGACGUGACGGUGCUGCACCACGACGUGGGUCUAGUGCGCACGCGCUCCGACAUGCUACUGGUGGCGGCGCCUUCCCGCGAUCCGCUCGUCGCCAUGAAACUGUACGACCCAGAGGAGAUUACCGGUGAAGAAGUGCAAGUGUUCGGGUACGGCCGCACGGAGCGGUCCGUGCUGGGUGAGGAGUUGUUUUGCGUGCGGCUAGUGAUGUCCAGGUGUGCUCGUGGCUCGUGGGUCCACUGCGUGUGCGGCGCCGCAAGGGAUCUACGCGGGGUCUGCUCGGGGGAUUCCGGAGGACCGGUCCACUAUAAAGGGGUUCAGAUCGGCGUGACGUCGAUGGGUCCGGUGGAGUGCGGGGGCGGCGGCGGGGCGGCGCGGGGGGCGACCAGCGUGUUCACGGCGCUGCGUCGGUACGCGGACCUCAUCAACGACACCAUACACGACACGGACUCGGCGCUGCGCAUGCGCGUCAUAUCGCGCGCCUCGCUGCACUGUCUCCGCGACCACGUCAUGCUGAGCGCUCUCACACUGCUCACACUAGGAGUGUUGUCGUGAACUUUUGUUUGAACGUUUGAUAAAUAAAAGUGCGAUAAGGAGCAAG